AAACGUCUGCCGGUCUGUCUGUAAAUUUGCGCUGUAGUUAUUAGUUUACACACACACACACACACACACACACACUCGCCAUGGAGGAGACAGACACAUACCACAUACGACCCAACCAUCAGGACAAGUUUAAGCCAGCCGUUGUGAAGGAGUGUGUUCGUGAAAUUGUGAGGGAGCGACUGUCUGGGUUGCGCUACGACCCGGAGGAAGUCCCGGAGCUCUCCCGUUCACUGGCAGACUGCAUUAAAGACAAAGUGAAGAGCGCUGGAUUUGACAGAUAUAAGCUUGUUGUGCAGGUGGUCAUCGGAGAACAGCGGGGGCAGGGAGUCACGAUGUCAUCCAGGUGUUUUUGGGACGCUGACACAGACAGCUAUGCAGAAGAUGUUUUCAUGAAUGACAGCUUGUUCUGCAGGGUGUCAGUAUUCGGAAGCUACUACUACUGAGGAUGAGAGCACGGAGGAUGGGAAAAUCCUCCAGAUGAAGAGACGAGGGAGAGACAUUCAUGAGACGGCUCACUGUCAGCAAUGCAGGUCCAAGGUUUUCUGAACUUAAUAUUGUAUGUAAUUACUGCAUCUUGAGAUCAGCACAAACACCGCCCAGUAGAGACGUGAUGGACGUCUGUGCUGAUGUAGUGACUUUAAAAUGAAGGAUCUUCGUGGGAUUUCCCGGCAAGAUGAUCAUUAAAGACUGACUUUUGUAGAAGAGAAGUCUUACCUCAAAGUAAGUUCCAGUUUAAAGUCAUUAAAUGUCACUCAACCAGUCCCCAGGGAUGGAAGUAAGGAACUACAAUCACUCUGGCUACUGUAGUGAAGUAAAUCUUUUGUAUUUCUACUUUUUGAGUAUUUAUUUUAAUCUGUAAUUUUAUUUUAGCUUAAGCCUAUUUUGAGGGUGUUUUUCUUCAUUACCAUUUAAACCACGUUGGAUACAGAGUGAAAAAAAAAAGAAAUGGAGCUCUGUGCCAGGAAAUGAUAUGACAGCAAGUCGGUUGUUCUUUCCACGUCAGCCAGUCAAAGUGAAAUGCCACAGAAGUGCCCUCGAGUCAAAAAACAUUCAACAUAAAUGUGCACCUAAACAAAUCUGAAUCCCAGUCACGUCCAUCUGAGGCUGAAGUUGAACAUGAGGAAAGUCUUCGAUCACAUCAAAGGGACCGAUUCAGCUUUAAGUCCAACAGCUACAUCAUGCAGUGCGACUUUGUUUGAUUGUGUUUCUUAGAUUAAUGUAUUUUUUAUUUAAGUGUCUUUUUACACAAGUAAUCUUACUUUUCUGGAGUCCAGUUUCACCGUUUGUAACAUUACUUUUGCUUGAGUGGAAUAGUUUGAAACUGUUUUCGUCGCUGCCUCAAAGUUGUUCCGUCGUUCAUGUGAUAGCGGAAAUAUUUGUGAGACGUUAACCGGAGAAGGCAGCCGACUUUCAUCUGUGAAAAUGUCAACUCUUUUUCUCAGAUUGUACAAGAUCACAGAAAAUUGCAAAAACUUUGAAAGGGCAACAGAAUAAAAAAAAAAAAGUCCCUGCCAA